UUUGAGUCCGCGCAAUGAACUGCACCGUUUUCACUUCGUUCGUCUACCAAACACUACUACGUGUACUGGAUCGUGAUCACGUAUGACGUAGGCUCGCAUACUCUCCAGAGCGCGCAGGAAGCCGUAAUCUCGCCGAGUACAGGUAUAUGUGCAGAUCAGCGGCGGGAAAAUAGUGUGAGUGGCGAGCCUUUUAUUAUCUCUUUCUGUGUAAAUCGUUCCUCCGGCAUCUGAACAGAUCUUCAUCUCCAUUGUCGAUACUUCCUCGCGAAGCUGGGUUCCCUACGCUCUCCAUCCCUCUUCAAGCGGCUGCCCUCCUCAACUGCCAUGGCGGCGGACGGCAAGAAGAACAUCGUGGUCAUCGGCGGCGGGAUCAUAGGCUGCACCUCCGCAUACUUCCUCACGCGCCAUCCCCGCUACGACCCUUCCAAACACACCAUCACCCUUCUCGAAGCGACGAAAAUCGCUGGUGGCGCGUCCGGCAAAGCAGGCGGUCUCCUAGCACUCUGGGCAUACCCGACCAGUAUCGUACCCCUGAGCUACCGCCUCCACAAACAACUUGCCGCCGAGCACGGUGGCGAGGAGCGAUGGGGUUACCGGGCUGUGCAUUGCGGGCAGGUGGACUGUGUGGGUCGGCAUCUGGAGGCGCCGAAGCCGAGCGUGAAGGGUAAGGAUGGGGAGAUGGACGGGGAGAACGAGACGGCGGUUAACGGGCAGAAACAUGGGGAGGAUAGCGUGAGCUUGCAGAAACGGAGUAAAGAGGCGCUGGGUAAGCUGAGAGCCGCUGGUGUGCCGGCAGAUAUGGACUGGGUGAGUGUGGAUAGCUUGAGGGUGUAUGAUGAGAUGGGCGAUCCGAGUACUACUGCGCAGGUACAUCCUUUCCAGUUCACGACGGCUAUGGCGGAGUUGGCAGGCGGGAAAGGUGCGGAUGUCCGAGUGGGAGCGUCGGUCAAGCACAUCAACUACAGCGAUGGCGGCAAAGCGGUCGAGAGCGUAACAUAUGAAGACAAGAAUGAUGGCUGCAAGGAAGUCACUAUCCCAGCUACAGACGUAGUCAUCGCUGCUGGUCCGUGGACGCCGAGUGUAUACCCAACCGCGCCAAUAUCAGCGCUACGAGCGCACAGCGUUUGCAUACGACCCAGUCGCCCAGUAAGCGCGUACGCACUUUUCACGCAGAUCAAGCUCCCUGCUGGCUUCGGCAGAACCAACGAAAGCAACCGCGGCAAAGGCGUCAAAGCCUUCAGAGCCGGAUACGGCGAGCAGAUCGUGACGCCGGAAAUUUACGCCAGACCGAAGAAUGAAGUAUAUGCUUGUGGUGAAGGCGACCGGCUCGUACCGUUACCGAAGUCAACGGAUCUGGUGGAAGUGGACGAGCAGAGAUGUCAAGAUAUUGUGGACUACGUUGCGAGUAUUUCAGAUGAGCUGCGCGAUGGUGAGGUUACGGCGCGACAGGCUUGCUAUCUUCCUAAUGUGUCCGCGGGCAGCGGACAUCCGCUUGUUGGGCUCACGGGCGUGAAAGGUUUGGUGAUGGCGGCCGGGCACACGUGCUGGGGGAUACAGAAUGGUCCCGGAACUGGCAAGCUCGUCAGUGAGUUCGUGUUUGACGGCGAGGCGAAGAGUGCGAAGGCUAAAGGCUUGGAUCCACGGAAUGUGUUAUAGUGAGGAAGUAUGUGGUCGUCGCUAAUAACCGGCUGUUAAUGGUCCACCAUCUUAUCGACGCUAACGGCUGUAUGCGUGGCGAUCAUUCGAACAACCACGAGUGUCAUCAAGGUUCUCCGUCUCUCACCCAUUCUUACCCUGCGUUUCGUGCAUCAACGCGUCUGGUCUAUGUGGGUCGGUGCAAGCUGUCCACCACAGUCUUCUCAGAAUUGGAGGAGCUCGCAGAAGAUGCGUGCCGUGUUCAUCAAGACAACCGCUCCGUAAACGUCACUCGGAGUCUUUGGUAACACGGCUGUACAGGAUGCACAUCAGCAUAAACGUUAAAGCAAUUACACACUCAGCGGAGCGUCAAUUCAUCCUCGG